UAUAUAUCGGUGGGCAGACGGCCUGCGUGGGGUUGAGGGCAGUGGGUAGGGGCGGUCCGUGGCGAUUGCGAAUGCUCAGCUGGUUUUUGUAUUUGUUGUGAGUUUUUGCAGUCUGUUUCUAGUAGAAAGUCGGGUUCUGCGUGACACACAUAGACACAGAUAGACACACACGCACACACACACACAUACACAUUCAGCGUCGCCAUCAUGUUUUCCAGAGCAAUCAACAAAUCGUUUGUUAAAAAGUCUGCACAGCAAGUCAGAAACUUGUCGAUCCACGAGUACAGAUCGGCAGCUCUCCUCAAGUCGUACGGAAUCGGUGCGCCUCGUGGUGAGGCCGCCAGAACGCCAGAGGAGGCGUACCAGGCCGCAAAGGACUUGAACACCAACGAAAUGGUGAUCAAGGCGCAGGCCUUGACGGGUGGUAGAGGUAAGGGCCACUUUGACAACGGGCUGCAGUCGGGUGUCCGUUUGAUCGAGACGGCCGAGGAGGCCAAGGACUUGGCGUCCAAGAUGCUCAACCACAAGUUGAUCACCAAGCAGACGGGUGCCGCCGGUAAGAUUGUGACGGCCGUCUACGUGGUUGAGAGAAAGUACGCGCUCCAGGAGGCAUACUUGUCCAUUGUGAUGGACAGAAAGAACCAGUCCACGAUGGUCAUCGCCUCGUCCGAGGGUGGUAUGGACAUCGAGGGCGUCGCCAAGAAGAAUCCGGACGCGAUCAAGAAGUUCCCUGUCGAGAUCGACGUCGGAAUCUCAGACAAGUUGGCCACCGAGAUCGCCUCGGGCCUGCACUUCACCGCCGACGCGGUGCCAAAGGCCGCCAAGACGAUCCAGACACUAUACAAGAUUUUCAAGGAGAAGGACGCCACCCAAAUCGAGAUCAACCCAUUGUCCGAAACCAAGGAGCACGACGUGAUGUGCAUGGACGCCAAGUUCAACUUCGACGACAACGCCGCCUACAGACAGAAGGAGGUUUUCUCCUGGAGAGAUACUACCCAAGAAGACCCAGAUGAGGUCACCGCCUCCAAGUACGGCUUGAACUUCAUCAAAUUGAACGGUAACAUCGGUUGUCUUGUCAAUGGUGCUGGUUUAGCCAUGGCAACAAUGGAUGUCGUCAAACUCUACGGCGGUGAGCCAGCAAACUUCUUGGACGUCGGGGGUGCUGCCACCCCGGAGACCAUCGAGAAGGCCUUCGAGUUGAUCUUGACCGAAAAGAAGGUUUCUGCGAUUUUUGUCAACAUCUUCGGUGGUAUUGUCAGAUGUGAUUACGUUGCCGACGGUUUGAUCCAAGCGACAAAGAACUUGGGCUUGAAGAUCCCUGUUGUUGUCAGACUCCAAGGUACCAACUUCGCCAUCGCCAAGAAGAUGAUUGAAGAGUCCGGCUUGAAGUUAUACCUCGAAGAAGACUUAGACAAGGCUGCCGAAAAGGCUGUUGAAUUAGGUAAGAACUAAGAGGAACCAAAAAAUCCCCUCUUUUUUACCUCCCC